AUGACAGCAUUGCAGCCGUUCAGUGACGAACAAUUAAAUUUCUUCAAGUUCUCGUCCUUAGUGUUAAAUGAAUUCCCCAAAGCCUUACGGCAGACCUUUAAAACCAUGUGGGACAACACAUAUGGCCAUCGCCCUGGCUUCCAGCUUUGGGAUGAUUCCACUGCUGUCAGAAAAAUGUUCGACUCUGAAGAAGCAAAAAGUGGCAAGAAGACUAAAGUUCCUGUUCUUCAGUCUUACAACGAAUGGGAUUGUACCAGCCUGUUCCAGGCUACUAUAUUUGCGCGGUCCUUUGCCUCACCAACCAGUACAAGCUCCAUCACCACACUAAGUGAUUUGUACGUGAAGCCCUGUGCAGUACCUUAUGGUAGUUUCCACGCAUGUGUGGUCAGCACGGGUGGAAAUAUGACGGAGACCACUGCACUUGCGAUUGAUCAGCUUCGUCUUCUUAGAAAUUCGCUCUGUCACUCUACCAGUUCUGAGAUGGACAAAGCGACGUUUGACCAGCGCGUGAAUUAUGCUAAAGCCGCGUUUCAAGCCCUUGGUGUCCCGACAGCCUCAACUGACGCACUUGGUAGUUUGACGGAGUCAGACUUUCCCACAAAUGAAGUCCGUAAAUUGGAAGCAAGAAUCCGAGACGAGACGCGGGCGUACAUCAAAUGUCUUGAGGAGGUGAGCUCAGACGUCAGUGAGCUAAAAGCUUUAUUAAAUUCCAUAAAGCAAACAAAAGACGAAGAUACUGCAAAUAUCGUUUUAAUGUUAGAAAAAAAGAUAAACGCAUUAAAAGAAGCACAAGAUCAACGUGAUGAUACGAACACGCAACGCUACACCAUGAUUCUCGAGAGUGUAAGUUCAGAUAUUAGCUAUUUAAGAAACCUGUCAUCGGCCAUGAAACAAGCGGCAGACAACACUGCUACAAAACACGACAUCGCCAUGUUAAAAGCACAAGAGGCUAAAGGUCUGGAGGGUCUAAGUUCAGACAUCAAUAAUUUAAAGCAAAAAGUCGAAUUGGAUACUGCCAGCAAAGAAGACAUUACAAGGUUGGAAAAGAAGAUAGACGAGUUAAAAGUAGGACAAGACGAAUGUGAUAAUCAACCUAACAAUUCAGGUAAGAUAUUUAAUAAUCGUCUACUCGAAACGUGAAACGCUGAAAAUUUAGGACUCCAGGAAACGGUCAGAUAUCGGUUUGGGCGAAUGCUAAGCAAAUCUCAAGACGGGUAAAUUCCGUUCUGACUGGCAGUUACGAUUACCACAAAUCAUUCUAAUUUACUGAGAAAGCCUGCAUGAAACAGCAAUCAAAGAUUGGUUUGAAGAAAUAAUGGAGCACGAUUUUCCGCUUGGAACCUCGGACCGGGAAAAAAGGACGAUGUUCCGUUUCUCUCGCUAAUUUCCCACUAGAAUGACCCGGAAGGUCGUGUACCAGUUACUUUCCAAGCGUAGCUUCCGGAUUGAUUUCAGACUACCUUGUUUUUAGAUUCACUCUUCGUUUCGUCUCCUAACCGUGAAAAAAACGCGGAAAAGACUGGAUGAGGUGAAAAUGGGAUGUCUUAACAAUGAUCAUUGUAUUAAGUGUUGCUUUUUAUUCAGCACAUUCAGGUGCUUAAGAAACAGUACUGAAAUAAUAUAAUUCAUGGGGGAGUUCAACUUUGCCUGCAGUACAUACCUAUAUAGUUUGUUAAAAGGUCAAUAGUAGGCAGCCAAAGGAUGACCCUAGUGACUCUUUUUACCUGUAAAAUGGGUAAUCAUGCAUCCACUUCUAAAGAGAAACGGGCUUUGGUCAUAACUAAACGAUUCCCAAAGCAUUUCUAUCUUCCAUGAUCAACGUGAUAAUAUCUUUUAAAAAGUUGUCAUAUUGCCAACGAGCCAUCCGAGCAAGACGCGAGGAUGGCGAGGCUAAGGCCUAGAUCCUGCCUAGAUCACGAAAAAUCGCCUAAAUAAGUUUCCGGAAAUUCCCGAUUUUUUUUCUAAAUAUCUCGAAAUGUUUUAAAUAUUUCAAAAAUAUCUGGCUCCAUUUCAUAAAUAUUACAGUAAAAACAUAAAAAAAAUAGCCGGUUAUCUAAAAUGGCAACACAAAUUUCAGCCAUUUUGUUGAACAUUAGCUACAUGGCACAUAUUAUAAUGGAGAAUAUUGCUGAAUCUGAUUACAACAGGUCCAUAUGUGGAGAUUUGUUUGAAUUUCUGUUACUGAAAUGCCCAUGCCCUAAUGAGCAUUGAAGUAGCUUCCUAGAAAAACAUGAUUUCAGUACUUUUUUCGUAACAAAAUUCUAAAUAUCACAAUUUUUUCCUAAAUAUCAUGCGAUUUUCUAAAUAUCUCAAAAUCUUCUAAAUAUCUUUAAAAAAAUCCGGAUAUUUGUAUCUAGGCCUAGCGAGGCGGCAGGAGAAUAGAGCCGCGCAAGACUGGGUUGUAAUAGGCAGAAAAAUUCUCGAUCGAGCUUCAAAAAGUGUAACCCGUAAUUCGUAACCCAUAACCUGGGAUUAAUUUAAUAAAACUUUUACGUCGUGUAAUUUAAAUUUAUAGUUAUUGUUUUAGAGUCUAACAACAAUAGCUACACUUGUAAAUAACACUUGAUGUAAAAGCUUUAUUAAAUUGACUCCUGAUGUAAAGUAGAUUCCACUAAGACCAAGUGGUGAGACAGUUGUCAACCAAUCACGGCCCACCUCGGCGGCACGGGCUGAUCCUGAGGCUGAAGCUGAAUGUGGUAUUCACACAAGCCCGCCGUCGCGACUUCCUGUAUUUAUUUACUUAAAUUUAUUUGUCAAACCUGGCCCACGCCCCCGCAGUCAACAAAAAUGAGUACUUUAUGCAUUGUCUUAAUUUUGGGGGCCAUUAAUGCCCGGCGCAGUUUUAACGAAGAGAAGCGUGUAAAACAACAAGCAAUUCUCACCACUAAAAAGGUCAGAUUACACGAGGAGAUAAGGAAACCUUGAUACGAAGAAUAUAGUCCCUUCUGUUGGAAAAUCUGGUGUUGGGGCAAAAAUCUAACCCGCAAACGAAACAAUAAGACAAAAAAGAAUAACAAGCCUGAAGCGAACGAUGAAAAGAAAACAACGCUAUUUUUUCAGAAACCUGGCCUGGCCGAGUUUAUAACAAAAUGAAAAUAAAAUACCAACGUGCCGUACAUCACAUCACAUGUCCUUGAAAACAUUUCAAACAGCAGCGCAGAGAAUCAUUAGUUUCAACGGGUAACAAAAAGCCUCGGGAAAUUUCAAAGGAGAUUUAAAUGAUAAACCGCACAAAGAUUUAUUUACAAAGUGAAACUGAACCGACAGUAAUUUUGUUGCCGGACCGGUAAGAGUAACGAUCAUUGCAUGUUUAGGCUUAUGUUUUCCCCUUAAAUAUUACCAAUCGUUUCCUCUGCAAAGCCGAUUUUAUUCUUUAAAUAAUACUAAUCCUUGCAACAUGGAACGACCUUGGGAACCGACCAAGAAACAAUCAAAUGUUGGAAAAAAGAGAUUCCAUUCCUAUGCAAAAUUAAAUACGCAUGAUUUGCUCUUUGCCACUCUAUCGAUAGGUAUACGUAGUAUAUAUAUUUUUGCGUAUGUUACCUCAUUAUUUUUACUUUCCUUCUUUCACCGUAUAUGAAAGGUAUGAAGCCAAUAAGAGCCUUCCUUCCUUCAAUGGUCCCUAAUUUCACUGGCCGACAGAGCGAGGUUGAAGAGAUCAUCGGACACGUAACUUCCGAAUCUACCCGACUGGUGUCGAUCUGGGGUUCACCUGGGUUCGGAAAAACAUCAGUUGCAAUUACAGUGGGACACGCGCUCCAGUCUCAAGGGCUACCUGUGUAUUGGGUCUCACUACGGGGACUUCAGUCAAAAGCAGAUCUGACUUCAAAGUUUCUUUGCCUUCUAAGGCAACCAACCAUCGACAAUCAACCGUCCGAUCGGUGUCUUUCCCUUGACGAUGAAAUUUGCCAACUAUUCAGCGAAAUAUCAAAACAGUCUGUAUUUAUCCUUGAUAAUGCCGAUGAUUUGUUAGAAAGUGGUUGCCCAAAAGUGAAGAAAGAGGUCAUGCAGCUUCUUGAAGAAAUACUCAGGCAAAACCCAAGGGUGACAUUCAUUGUAACCACGAGAGAAUCUCUUGAGCUUAUGAACAUCCAUUUUCAAGGUCAUCUAGGCGUGAGAAUAAGAACAUUGGAUAAAGCCUCUACACAAUCUCUAAUUCAUGAGUUACUUCCAAUUGCGAGCGCUGCCGAUUGCACAGAAGUCGCGCAUAUCUGCGGACAAGUUCCUUUGGCCAUAAAAUUAAUGUGUUCUUUGAUUUCUGAAGAUAAUUCUUUACCACGCCAUUUUCUAGAUGAUUUCAAGGCGUCCUCUUCAGAAAGUAUAGCGAGCAUGUUGGACAUUUUUGACUCCUCUUUCCACAGACUAACUGCACAAGAACAAGAAGCACUAAUUUCUUUGAGCAUUCUCCCUGAAAACUUCACUACUCAGGUCGCUGCGGCCGUUUUAGGCACCAAAAGUGCUUUUCAAGCAAAAAAGAUGUUACAAAACCUUCGGAGGAAGUCACUGAUUGAUUCAGGCUCUAAACCCGGGACAUUCACGAUGCACAAACUGUUGCAACAAUAUUCGAAAGAGAAAGGAGACACUGAGAUGGACAAGACGAUUCUCAAUGCAAAGGGUCGUUUGAAUGCAUUCUAUGUCUCGUUCUUUGAUAAACUAAAUGAACAAUUUCUCACCGGGCAUUCCAUGGAUGCAUAUAUUGCAUUUUAUGAGGAUAAGGAAAGCAUUAUUCGAAGCAUAGUAGAGGGAUGUUUUGACUCAGAAACAGCUGACACUGUCUUUGAAAUUUUGGUCCAGGGGGAGUUGUUUCUUGACUCACUUUUUUGGACCCGGAGUGAAAGUAAAAACUUUGAUGACAUAUACGAUGCCGCCAUAAAAGCAGCCAACCUGCAUGGAAACGAAAAAUACCACAGGGAGCUACUUACUUCCAAAGCUUUCGCUGAAGCAACCUGGGGAAGUAGAGGAAAGACGAAUCAGCUUCUCUCUGAAGUGAAAGUUAUGCAAGCAGCAUCGUGCCUUGUUUCUAAUCAGGAAAAAGGCAAAUCCUUCUGCUAUUCAGGAAUCUGUUACCUUACCGCAGGAGAAACGAAGAGUGGAAUCCACUGCCUACAGCAGGCGCUUUCAUCACUGGAGACUUGCAACGACCCAGAGUCGUUUUUUCUAAAGUUUCUUAUUCUUCAGAUCCUCGUUUGUUAUUAUCAGUCCCUGAAUGACUUGUACAAUGCAAGUUUCUACUAUGACAAAUCACUAAAUCUAUCCUCGUCAGUAGGAGAUUGCAAGCUACUUAUUAUUACGCCGACGAAAAGCAAAGCACAAAAAACUACCAAUGAAAUGCAGUUUAAAAAGGACUCAAACAUUUUGCUGAAUCAACCUUUCGAAUUCCAAUUUGUCUCUCUCUUGAGUAAAGCAACAACGUUUUUCCCUGACACUAAAAUCAAACAAAAUACAAGCCACUUGGUUCUUCAAAUGUUAAAGUGCCUCGAAAAAGAUGUUACACCUUCAAUUGGUUUGCUAACUUUUCACACAGCUGUGGUAAAGCUACUGUGGAAGUUGAAUAGUGAAGACCCUGAAAAACUAUUUUGGUCAAGAAUAAAUUAUCAUGAAAAAACACUCACGCAAUGCAAAGAAACUUUCCACAAAAGUCACGACUUUAGCGGUUAUGGUCAAAUAAAAAUUAAAGCGCUUGUGGAUUGCUACUUAAAUCUGGGUAUAGUUUACAACAAAAGAGGAAACUAUUCAGAAGCUCUUCAGUCAUACAACAGGGCGUUAACCACAGCAACAAGGUACUUUGGAGAAGAACAUGAAACCACUGCUAACAGCUACAGGCAACUCGGUGUAACACAAUACAACAUGCAUGACUACAGUGCAGCUCUACAAUCUCACCAGCGCGCAUUGGCUAUCCGUAUUAAACUAUUUGGAGAGGAACAUAAAAGCACUGCAGACAGCUACAGGAACCUCGGUGUAACACAAUACAACAUGGAUGACUACAGCGCAGCUCUACAAUCUGAGCAGCGUGCAUUAGAUAUCCAACUUAAGCUGUUUGGAGAAGAACAUGAAAGCACUGCUGACAGCUACAGGGAACUCGGUGUAACACAAUACAACAUGCAUGACUACAGUGCAGCUCUACAAUCUCACCAGCGCGCAUUGGCUAUCCGUAUUAAACUAUUUGGAGAGGAACAUGAAAGCACUGCAGACAGCUACAGGGACCUCGGUGUAACACAAUACAACAUGGAUGACUACAGCUCAGCUCUACAAUCUCACCAGCGCGCAUUGGCUAUCCGUAUUAAACUAUUUGGAGAGGAACAUGAAAGCACUGCAGACAGCUACAGGGACCUCGGUGUAACACAAUACAACAUGGAUGACUACAACUCAGCUCUACAAUCUCACCAGCGCGCAUUGGCUAUCCGUAUUAAACUAUUUGGAGAGGAACAUAAAAGCACUGCAGACAGCUACAGGAACCUCGGUGUAACACAAUACAACAUGGAUGACUACAGCGCAGCUCUACAAUCUGAGCAGCGUGCAUUAGAUAUCCAACUUAAGCUGUUUGGAGAAGAACAUGAAAGCACUGCUGACAGCUACAGGGAACUCGGUGUAACACAAUACAACAUGCAUGACUACAGUGCAGCUCUACAAUCUCACCAGCGCGCAUUGGCUAUCCGUAUUAAACUAUUUGGAGAGGAACAUGAAAGCACUGCAGACAGCUACAGGGACCUCGGUGUAACACAAUACAACAUGGAUGACUACAGCUCAGCUCUACAAUCUCACCAGCGCGCAUUGGCUAUCCGUAUUAAACUAUUUGGAGAGGAACAUGAAAGCACUGCUGACAGCUACAGGCAACUCGGUGUAACACAACACAAAAUGCAUGACUACAACGCAGCUCUACAAUCUGACCAGCGCGCAUUGGCUAUCCGUAUUAAACUAUUUGGAGAGGACCACGAAAGCACUGCUGACAGCUACAGGGAACUCGGUGUAACACAAAACAAAAUGCAUGAUAAUAGCGCAGCUCUACAAUCUCACCAGCGCGCAUUGGCUAUCCGUAUUAAACUAUUUGGAGAGGAACAUGAAAGCACUGCUGACAGCUACAGGCAACUCGGUGUAACACAACACAACAUGCAUGACUACAACGCAGCUCUACAAUCUCACCAGCGCGCAUUGGCUAUCCGUAUUAAACUAUUUGGAGAGGACCACGAAAGCACUGCUGACAGCUACAGGCAACUCGGUGUAACACAAAACAAAAUGCAUGAUAACAGCGCAGCUCUGCAAUCUCACCAGCGCGCAUUGGCUAUCCGUAUUAAACUAUUUGGAGAGGAACAUGAAAGCACUGCUGACAGCUACAAACAACUCGGUGUAACACAACACAAAAUGCAUGACUACAACGCAGCUCUACAAUCUCACCAGCGCGCAUUGGCUAUCCGUAUUAAACUAUUUGGAGAGGAACAUGAAAGCACUGCUGACAGCUACAAACAACUCGGUGUAACACAACACAACAUGCAUGACUACAACGCAGCUCUACAAUCUGAGUAGCGCGUAUUGGGUAUCCGUAUUAAACUAUUUGGAGAGGAACAUGAAAGCACUGCUGACAGCUACUGGCAAUUCGGUGUAAUACAACACAACAUGCAUGACUACAACGCAGCUCUACAAUCUCACCAGCGCGCACUGGCUAUGCGUAUUAAACUAUUUGGAGAGGAACAUGAAAGCACUGCUGACAGCUACAGGCAACUCGGUGUAACACAACACAACAUGCAUGACUACAGCGCAGCUCUACAAUCUCACCAGCGCGCAUUGGCUAUCCGUAUUAAACUAUUUGGAGAGGAACAUGAAAGCACUGCUGACAGCUACAGGGAACUCGGUGUAACACAACACAACAUGCAUGACUACAACGCAGCUCUACAAUCUCACCAGCGCGCAUUGGCUAUCCGUAUUAAACUAUUUGGAGAGGAACAUGAAAGCACUGCUGACAGCUUCAGGCAACUCGGUACAACACAAUACAACAUGCAUGACUACCGCGCAGGUCUACAAUGUGAGCAGCAUGUACUAGCUAUCCGUAUUAAACUAUUUGGAGAGGAACAUGAAGGCACUGCUGAAAGCUACAGGGAACUCGGUGUAACACAACACAACAUGCAUGACUACAACGCAGCUCUACAAUCUCACCAGCGCGCAUUGGCUAUCCGUAUUAAACUAUUUGGAGAGGAACAUGAAAGCACGGCUGACAGCUACCGGCAACUCGGUGUAACACAACACAACAUGCAUGACUACAACGCAGCUCUACAAUCUGACCAGCGCGCAUUGGCUAUCCGUAUUAAACUAUUUGGAGAGGAACAUGAAAGCACUGCUGACAGCUACAGGCAACUCGGUGUAACACAAAACAAAAUGCAUGAUAACAGCGCAGCUCUGCAAUCUCACCAGCGCGCAUUGGCUAUCCGUAUUAAACUAUUUGGAGAGGAACAUGAAAGCACUGCUGACAGCUACAGGCAACUCGGUAGAACACAAUACAACAUGCAUGACUACCGCGCAGCUCUACAAUCUGAGCAGCAUGUACUAGCUAUCCGUAUUAAACUAUUUGGAGAGGAACAUGAAGGCACUGCUGAAAGCUACAGCGAACUCGGUUUAACACAAUACAACAUGCAUGACUACAGUGCACCUCUACAUUCUCACCAGCGCGCAUUAGCUAUCCGUCUUAACCUCUUUGGGGAAGAACAUGCAAAAACCGCUGAUAGCUACAGGCUAGUCAAGAUCACUCAAGACGUCCAGCGA